AUGUCGCACGUACCGGAGACCAUGGCGGCGUGGCAGUACUUCAAGCACGGCGGCGGGGCUGAUGCUCUCUCGUUGAAUGAAAACGUCCCAGUGCCCACGCCAUGCAAGGGCGAGGUCCUGGUUCGCGUGCGCGCGGCGAGCAUCAACCCGGGCGACUGGAAGCUGCAAUCUGGGCUCAUCCCCUUCCUCCCGCGCCGCUUCCCCGCCACCGCUGGCUUCGACCUUUCCGGCAAUGUGGUGGCACUGGGGCCUGGUGUUACCAAGUACACCGUUGGCGAGGCAGUAUUUGGAAGGGCACCGUUCUUUAAAAUGGGGGCUUUGGCAGAGUACGCAGUGCUGGACCUUCAAGGCAGCGCACGCAAGCCCUCCUCCCUUACCUUCGAGACCGCUGCUGCUCUUCCAAUCGCCAGUCUCACUGCUCUGCAAGCUGUGAGGGACUAUGCCGGCCUGCCUCUCCCUGCUCCCAAACUGAGUGGGGAGGGGACUGGUGACAGCAGUGGUAAUAAGGCUGAGAGUACCAGCAACAGUACUAGCAGCAAUGGGUGCAGCAGUGGGAGCAGUGCGCGGGUGCUGGUGGCGAAUGCGUCAGGGGGAGUGGGGCAUCUGGCAGUGCAGCUGGCUAAGGCAGCAGGGGCACACGUGACUGCCACUGUCGGCACUCGCAACCUCGCCUUUGCACGGACCGUGCUUGGAGCAGACGAGGUGUUUGAUUACAACUCCGCUGCAGGGAAACAGCUCUUCCCUUCCCCACCCCCGUCCCCUUCGCCUGUUAUCAGCCUUUCCAAGCCUCAUGCCGCCCAGGUUGCUUCGUCUGCGGAACCUCCUAGCAGUGGGCUGUAUGAUGUGGUGAUUGAUUGCUCUCCCAACAGCCUGGCCGUUUCUGCUGUUGACCGGGUUCUCCGUCCCGAAGGGAAGUGGGUGCAUGUGAUUCCCCCGUUCUCAGUGUUCGCUUUGGGGCUUUGGCGCCGGUUCGCAGGUCGUCCGAAGAAGAUUUAUAAUGUUAUGAUGGAGAACAGGGGGUCUGAUCUGGAGGUGGUGGGGAGGAUGGUGGAGGAGGGGAAGGUGAAGGUGGUGAUAGAGGGUAGUGUGCCGUUUGAAGAGGCGAGAGAGGCUUGGAGGAAGAGCAUGGAUGGGCAUGUCACAGGGAAGUUGGUGGUUAGGAUGGAGUAA